UGUAGAAUAACGGUUGUAGUGUGGGGGAAAUUGUUGGGUAUUUGGUAAAUUAUAGAUUUAGAAAUUUAGUGAGAUAAAAAAAAUUGUAUAUAAAGGGAUAAAGGGGAUGUAAAGGGGUAGAAAAGAUUUGGAAGACUCUUGAUCUGAGCGACUGUUUUGACCAUCGUUGCGGGGAGUUGAUGUCCUUCAUUAGGGAGAUCCACAAAAGAUGCCCAGUUGAUAAUUUUUCAAAGGUGAUUGUAGUAUCUCGGGCCUGUCUCAAGCUAUCGAGAGGCCUAGGGCCUAACUUUAAAAUGGGGAUUUUUAUUAAAAGAAAAAAAAUCAAAUAAGCUUUUAAUCAUAAAUAUAUAAUUAAACAUAAUUAAAAAAAUUACCUUUCUCUCAUAAGAAAAUCCGAGAUGCUUUUUUCGGUAUUCCCAUCAUCAAAUCUCCGGUCCUGAUGGCUUUGAUUUUCGUUUCUUCAAGGCUUUAUGGCAGGAUAUUGGUGGUGAAGUUUGUACAGUAGUUGGCCAUUUUUUUGAGACAAGGAUAAGCUCCAUGAUACAACUCCUUCGUUGGUUCCUAAAGUUGUUAAUCCUUCUCGGGCUGUAGACUACAGACCUAUAGCUUGUUGUUCUACCAUAUACAAGUGCAUCUCUAAACUGUUAUGUUCUCGUAUGGCUAUGAUUCUUCCUGAUCUUAUUCAACCGAACCAAGGAGCUUUUAUUCAGGGAUUCAAGGUAGUUUCAAGGGAGAGAAAGGGCUGCGUCAAGGGGACUCUUUCUGCUGUUAGAGUGUUCAAAGUAGCUCUUGAGGAUUUUAGUGCUGCUACAUGGCUCUCUGUUAAUACUAGUAAAUCACACAUCUUUUUUGGAGGAGUUAAUGCACCAGAUAGAAGGAUUAUAGCUCAUGAGAUUCAGCUUUCUAAAGGGACAUUUCCUCUUAAGUAUCUAGGGGAUCCUAUGCGGCCAACUAAGUGGAAACAUGAAGACUAUGAAAUUAUUAUUCAAAAGAUUAGAUUGCGACUUCAUACUUGGGCUAGUAGGCACCUGUCUUUUGCUGGCCGAAUGCAGCUCAUUCAUUCAGUUUUAUUUGGACUUCGUAAUUACUGGAUGAACAUCUUUUUGCUUCCCCAAAGUGUUGUUAAGGAAGUGGAAAAACUUUCACUACAAGAAAAAAUAGUAUUCAUAACACUUAAAAACUGCUAACCGGGAGUAUUGAUAACGCUUCUGAAAACGCUGACAUAGCCCCUGUUAUUAAAAGUCCUGUCUUUUCUAUAGCAGUAUUCAAAUGUUA